AUGUCCAGGGCAGAGCAUUCCCGCAACGUCCGGGCCUCCGUUGAAGAACGACGUAACCAGGCCUUGGCCAACUGGAGCCAGUAUCAGCCUCAAGUCCACGCCCAGAUUCAGCGCCUCUUCUCGGAUUACGAGCCGCCAUGGUACGCAAGACUGCGCGGCUUUGACCGCAGCAAGACCCUCGCCCUGGCCGAGGCUACUGUCGUCAGUCUUGCCGCCGGCAAAUCCAGGAGCCUGAGCGAUUCGGAGACCCAGGCCUUGACCGAGCACCUCUUGUCCACCGUUCAUAACAUUCAGGCCUGGAAAUGGGCCAUGACCGGCCUAGCAGCAUACAUGACGUACAAGGGGCGGCGAACCAUGCGCUUUCCUUUCUUCAACGUCGUUACGAACGGAGGGAAAUACGACGCCUUCACUCGUGGCCCCCGAAUCCGCUUCGUGUGGCAUUCGGCUCGGUUUGCUGCCUAUUACGGCGUCAUCUGGGCCUUCGGACAGCCGCUCUUCCAAGCAGCCAACUUUUUCCGCCAAAAAUAUGCAAUGGCGCAAGAUGACCGGUUGAACUCCCUUUUUGGGCACGGAAGGGAGCAGGCUGGUAGGGUCCUAGGUGCCGUUCAAGCCUCGAAUUCUCAGCACAGCGGGAACGAUUGGAGCUCAGAUACUCAGCACGAGUAUUCCAUCCAGUCAGAAGAAGACAACUAUCAAGCGCCAUCUCAGGCUGCUGGGGCUGAUAAGCCGCGGCCAUGGUCAGGAUACCGCCACCCUGCUUCUUCGCGGCAGGCCACAACAAGGAGUCGGGGCGUUGACGAUGACUUUGACGACGCCUCUCCCGUGGCUCCAUCCUCACUGCCACAAGAUGAUGGCGGUUCGGCAUGGGACCGUAUCCGGCAGCAAGCGCAGUAUCCGCCCAAACAGGCCCGUUCACGAGAUGAACGACAGACUUGGGAGGCCCCUCAGAGGUCAACUGCAGGGUGGGGAAGCCGUGAGGAUGCCAGCCCGCAGAAUCGCGCUUCUUUUGUAAAUAGGUACGAUGCAUCGUCUGUCGAUGAGGAAAACAAUACACCAAAGAGCCAGGCUCAGAGGGAAUUUGACGAGUUGUUGGAGCGUGAGCGAAGGGGAGGGGGCCAAGAAACUGGAACAUGGGUCAAAAGAUGA